AGUGGUGGAAGAAGAGGAGGCGGCGGCGCGGGUAGGGAGCCUGGAAACGCGAGCGGGGAUGGUAGGUGGUUUGGACCCGCCGGGCCGCCGUCGUUUCCAGAAAGGGUUUGACUGGAGGAACCUCUGGAGCAGCUGUUGGCUGGCUCCUCUGGCUGAUGGCAUGUUGAGGCACAUGGGCCAGUGGCAGCGAGGGCAUCUGAUCCAGAGGGGGCCACUCUAGAGGCCAGGCCACCAGCACCAUGGGCCAGUGCGUCACCAAGUGCAAGAAUCCCUCAUCGACCCUGGGCAGCAAGAACGGAGACCGUGACCCCGGCGGCAAGCCACAUAGCAGGCGGAGCGCAGGCCACCGCGAGGAACAGCCACCGGCCUGUGGCAAGCCAGGGGGGGAUAUCCUCGUCAAUGGGACCAAGAAGGCAGAGGCCGCCGCCGAGCCCUGGCAGCUGCCGACGUCCUCUGGAGAUGCUGGGAGGGAGCCCAAGUCCGACACCGAGGAGUCUUCCCUGCAGAGGCUGGAAGAACUGUUCAGGCGCUACAAGGAUGAGCGGGAGGAUGCAAUUUUGGAGGAAGGCAUGGAGCGCUUUUGCAAUGACUUGUGUGUUGACCCCACGGAAUUUCGAGUGCUGCUCUUGGCUUGGAAGUUCCAGGCUGCCACCAUGUGCAAAUUCACCAGGAAGGAGUUUUUUGAUGGCUGCAAAGCAAUAAGUGCAGACAGCAUUGAUGGGAUCUGUGCACGGUUCCCUAGCCUCUUAACGGAAGCCAAACAAGAGGAUAAAUUCAAGGAUCUCUACCGGUUUACAUUUCAGUUUGGUCUGGACUCUGAAGAAGGGCAGCGGUCACUGCAUCGGGAAAUAGCCAUUGCCCUGUGGAAACUAGUCUUUACCCAGAACAACCCUCCAGUAUUGGACCAGUGGCUAAACUUCCUAACUGAGAACCCCUCGGGGAUCAAGGGCAUCUCCCGGGACACUUGGAACAUGUUCCUUAACUUCACUCAGGUGAUUGGGCCUGACCUCAGCAACUACAGUGAAGAUGAGGCCUGGCCAAGUCUCUUCGACACCUUUGUGGAGUGGGAAAUGGAGCGAAGGAAAAGAGAAGGGGAAGGGAGAGGUGCACGCAGCUCAGGGCCCGAGGGCUUGUGUCCCGGGGAGCAGACUUAGUGGCUCUAGCCCAGGAGCAGCAGUAGCAGCAAGGGUCUGCCUGCUGCCCUGCAGCCAACCGAGUAAUUGGACCUUUCUGGAAAUUACUGAAGAUCCAGAUAUUUUCUACUUUACACCUUUCUCUGCCUUGUAUCUGAAAGGGCUCUAAAAUGCUGUAUCAUGUUUUAGGCACUUUCUUCACUUUUUGGUUAUUUUGGUUAUUUCUUUUUGGGGGGUCCCCCAAAAUAUUUGAACCUGGCUACAUGUUGUGUUUUUUUUUUUUUUUUUCCUUUAAGCCUUCAGCUAAAAUAAGCCUGCCAUUUCUUGCACAAAUUAGAUUUUUUUGUGGG